AUGACCAUCAAUGUUGCAAAUUGCAUUGCUUUCGAGCGAGCUUGUGAAGCUUACAACAAAGGCAUCACCCACUUGCUAAAUGGCGAAUUUGAGCCCUGCAUCCUUGCCCUCCAGGAGUGUAUUUUUUUCUCUCACAACCGUAAUGCUAAUGCGAUGGUAGCACUUGGGGAGUGUUACGUUAUGGCGUGUGAUCUAGCAUCGGCAGUGCGCUGGUAUCGACGUGCUUUGUGGGUAUUGCAGGGUUCAACAUCUUUCGCGACAGAACCACAGGAGCUUGCAUCAGCUUUGACAGAUCACUCUGCUCAAUUAUUGAUCCCUUCGAUCACAAAUGGGGCCAAUCUAGCAACUCAAGAACCUGUUCCGGCGGUGGACGCAGGUCCAAUGACUUCUGUUUCCCCUGACGUCGUUAAUCACGAAGACGUCGGGUGCGGAGAAGCACAAUUGGUCAAUCAAGGUGCAUCCCCUGCCACACAGGAAUCAAUGGCGGAGUUGACUACCUCCAUGGAGAAAGAGCCAUGGGCUCCUGGGGUGAGAAAAAGCCAGGUUAAGACACGUUUGGCGGGGCUCCUUGAUGCGCUAAGUCUCGUACACUACCGUAUGGGCGACUUUGCGCAAGCUUUGCGCUUUGCAGAGCAGUCAUUGGCUAUAUUGCCCAACCAGCCGCUCGUGUGUUUGCAUUGGUGCAUGUAUUUGAUUGUGAUGCAACGGCAGGAUGAAGCAGAACGAAAGUUAGAGAAUUACCUAAAGGAAAUACAGAAGUCUGCGAAGGAUGCCACGACAUCCUCCUUCAGCCCUCUUCGAGUACCAAUAGCAGCACUUUUAUCACACUUAUGUUGUGGUCGGCAAUCAUUUAAAGCAGCGCGCACGUUGCUGGAUGAGGAGCUUAAAGGCUGUGGAUCAGGCGUGAAAGUGGAAUCUGAAAGUGGGUGUAUGGAGAAAGGGGUAAACAAAGCUCACCUAGCCAUUGUUGCAAAACAGCAAUUUCAGGACACCUACAUCGAUUAUCGUACCAAAGCACUCGCGAGACAAGAUAUUGGUACGAUCAGCCGUUGUAUUAAUGUCUUUCCAGACAGUGUCGAUUUACUCUUCUCCCGAGCGCAAAUUUAUAUUCGUACUGGUCAACUCAAACGGAGUAUUAGGGACCUUUUUCGCUGUAUAAGGGAAAGUAACGGUACCCAUAGCCAGGCAAUUGAAAUGAUGACCUCAGUGCUUUUUACAAUUGGCCAAACCAGCCUUGCAGACGACCAAAGCGAUACGGAUCCCAGCACCGGUGGUGGUGGUAAUCAGAGCAAAAGUAAUUUGGACGAGGCUAUCGUGUACUACACGGAAUCUUUAAAGUGGCGUACCGAUAAUACCUUGGUGCUUCUCGCACGUGGAGAUUGUUAUUCGAAGAAGGAGGACUAUGUACACGCUCUGGAGGAUUACAAGAAAGUCCUCGACCUGGAGGACAAGCUGGGGGGUGAGAUCUCUCCACUGGCCUCUUCAGCGAAUGGACGUAUAGCCUCCUUGCAUAACUUGUGGGCAUGUAAACUAUAUUCUGCGGGUAGUUUUAAGGAAGCUGAGGUUGAGUUCUCAAAUGCGAUCAAGGCCGACAGCCAACAGCCCGCUUUUUUCUUUCAUCGAGCGAUGUGUCGAUUUAGACUAGAGGAGCCGUCUUAUGCUUUACGUGAUGUGCUAUCUUGCCACGAACUAAAACCGACUGAUCCUAUGCUCAGGGCUUUUGUGACUCGUUACCUUGGUAGCGAGGAUGUUUCAUAUUUAUUGCCACCAUUGGCGGGGUUUUCUGCACGCAUACAUCCCAAAGUAUCUAACGGCACCUUGGCUUUAAAUGGAUCUGCCGUUCGUGUAGAGACACAAAGUCCGAUAGAGGACAUGAUUCUCGGGGAAACUGAGAGAAAAGACCAAUAUAACCAGAGGGUUUCAUCUAGUUUGAAGCGCACGGCUUUCUUACCUCCUGUUUCUAUGUCCAAUUUUAGUCAAGCAAAGUAUCUUGAGGCCUGGCGUCAUUAUUGUCAAUUAAGCCGAAUAGACCCUAUUACACCUGGUCCCUUUAAAAAGAAAGGUGAUGUUGGCAACCAGAUGAGAGGUAAAGGCGUUGUCUUGAAGGGCAAACAGAUGAAAUUACGUUCAAAAUACAACAGAGGACUGUAA